AUGGCUUCUAUCGAAGUUGAGACAGUGCGAGUCUACAAGGGGCUGGUUGACAGCCUCUUGGACCGCGCGACACAGGUCAAAUCUGGCAACGAAAUAGAGCCCCCAUUGACAGAGUCGCUUCUGGGUGAAGCCAUCUGGAAAUUCCCUGACGAUCAGGAUAAAAUCGUACAGCAGCUUACACCCCUUACGCGAUUCGCUGCUGUCGAAAUAGCCUUUCGUGAAAGAUUCUAUCGCAUCUUGGCCUCCACCUCAAUUAAUGACCCCUCCUUCAUUCAUAUCUGGAACCUCCUCGAUAUUGUCUCCUUAUUCUCGGACAAAGAACAAUGCGAACCCGGCUUGAUCUUCUGGCUCAUUGAAGAGCUACUGGACAGUCAAACUAUCGAUGGCUGUCGAAAAGUUUUUGACUAUUUGGAGUCCCGUCGAGAGCGGAAUAUCAAGAAACACUUCAAGCAGAAAAGCCUAGUAAUUCUCCGGUCCUGUAAUGAGCUUCUCCGCAGACUAUCGCGCGCAGAAGAUACAGUCUUUUGCGGCCGGGUAUUCAUCUUUCUCUUCCAGAGCUUCCCACUUGGAGACAAGAGUUCAGUCAACCUCCGAGGUGAAUUUCAUACAGAAAAUUUCACAACCUUUGACGAGAUCAAAUACCCCUCCCCCGAGGUAGAUUAUGUUGAUACUACAAUGACAGAAGCGAAUGAGGACACAAUUGAACAGGCGGAGGGAUCCGAGGAAGGUUCGCAGAUCCCCAAGGUCGUGGUUUCUACAUACGGAACAGCCAAGGGAAAUGUGAACUUGGAUGCUCUCUAUCCCACUUUCUGGAAUUUACAGGCAUACUUCUCGGCUCCAAGCAAGACGUUUGAUAGUGAAUGCUUCGCAUCGUUCAGGGCCGGGCUCGAAGCAACUUUGUCUGCCUUCAAAAACAUCAAAACCGAGUUCGACAACCAGAGUGGUGCACGCUUUUCAGAGGACGCCCGAAAGGCCAUUAAGCGCAAGCGCACGACCGAUGAGGCUGAAAUAGGCACGAGCUUCAACCCCAAAUAUCUUACCAGCCGUGAUCUAUUCGGCCUCGAGAUUAGUGAUAUGGCUUUCAGACGACAUGUUCUUGUGCAGGCCCUAAUUCUGCUCGACUUUCUUCUUUCCCUCACUCCGAAGUCCAAAUCCCUUUUGGCCAAUUGCAACAAUAAAUCAGUGCGCUAUGAUUUCACAUUGAGUGAUGAGGACACGAAAUGGACCAUUCAAAUGCGCAAGGAUAUCGAAGACUAUCUCCAGCAAGGGUCUAGUGGAAAAUUUUACUAUCGUAUGGUCGACACUGUCUUAUCCAGGGACAAAAAUUGGGUACAUUGGAAGGCUGAGGGCUGUCCACCCAUUGAGCGGUCAGCUAUCUCAGUUGAAGACUACAACACUUCUCGAGAAAAUGCCCUCAAGCUCUAUGUCAAUAAACGUCUUCGUUCUUCGCCAAUGGGAGCUUUAGACGUGAAUUUUCUGUCGGACAAUGAAGCACUGGCCAACAACGAACGAUUGAAAGAGUCGAGCCGUUACUCUAUUCCUGCCGCAGACAAUUUCCUUAUGGGCAUCAUGGAUGAUGAAAUGGAUAUCGACACGGCCAAAACCCCGGCUGAAAAACAGGCAGCAUUAGAAUCGAAAAGCUGCAAGUCGUGGCGUCUUCUCCGUUUGGCUGCGAAAACGAAACUAGCAACCUUUGACAAGAUUGAAGAUGGUGACAACCUCAAGAUCCUAUUUGAGACACCCGCAGCACCAGCUGAAACACAACAUGGCGAUGGGAGUGAUGAUAUUGCUCAGCAAGAUCAGUCUGCUUUAGAUUUAAAGGAGACCCAACAGCCUACUGAGGAAAGUGAAAACGCUGCUGCUGCGCAGUCAAUUGAAACUCUUCCAGAUGCGAAGGAUACCCCACAAGAAUCAGUGGAAUCGCCGAAAGCAGAGGACAAGAUGUCCCCUGGCUGA